ACUGACAGCAAAACUGAUGGUAACACUGACAGUAACACUAGCAGUAACACUGACGGCAACACUGACAGCAAAACUGACAGUAACAUUAACAGUAACACUGACAGUAACACUGACAGUAACACUGACAGCAACACUGACGGCAACACUGACGGUAACACUGACAGUAACACUAGCAGUAACACUGACGGCAACACUGACAGCAAAACUGACAGUAACAUUAACAGUAACACUGACAGUAACACUGACUGCAAAACUGACAGUCACACUGACAGUGACACUGACAGUAACACUGAUAGUAGCACUAACAGUAACACUGACAGUAACACUGACAGUAACACUGACAGCAAAACUGACAGUAACACUAACAGUAACACUGACAGUAACACUGACAGCAGCACUGACUGCAAAACUGACAGUCACACUGACAGUGACACUGACAGUAACACUGAGAGCAACAGUGACAGUAACACUGACAGCAACACUGACAGUAACACUGACAGCAACACUAACAGUAACACUGACAGCAACACUGACAGCAACACUGACAGUACCACUAACAGUAACACUGACAGUAACACUAACAGCAACACUGACAGUAACACUUACAGUAACACUUACAGUAACACUGACAGCAACAGUGAUAGUAACACUGACAGUACCACUAACAGUAACACUGACAGUAACACUGACAGUAACACUGAGAGCAACAGUGACAGUAACACUGACAGCAACACUGACAGUAACACUGACAGCAACACUGACAGCAAAACUGACAGUAACACUAACAGAAACACUGACAGCAACACUGACAGUAACACUGACAGCAACACUGACAGCAAAACUGACAGUAACACUGACAGUAACACUGAUAGUAACGCUGACAGUAACACUGACAGUAACACUGACAGCAACACUGACAGCAAAACUGACAGUAACACUAACAGUAACACUGACAGUAACACUGACAGCAACACUGACGGCAACACUGACAGCAACACUGACUGCAAAACUGACGGUAACACUGACAGUAACACUAGCAGUAACACUGACGGCAACACUGACAGCAAAACUGACAGUAACAUUAACAGUAACACUGACAGUAACACUGACAGUAACACUGACAGCAACACUGAGAGCAACAGUGACAGUAACACUGACAGCAACACUGACAGUAACACUGACAGCAACACUAACAGUAACACUGACAGCAACACUGACAGUACCACUAACAGUAACACUGACAGUAACACUAACAGCAACACUGACAGUAACAGUUACAGUAACACUUACAGUAACACUGACAGCAACAGUGAUAGUAACACUGACAGUACCACUAACAGUAACACUGACAGUACCACUGACAGUAACACUGAGAGCAACAGUGACAGUAACACUGACAGCAACACUGACAGUAACACUGACAGCAACACUGACAGCAAAACUGACAGUAACACUAACAGUAACACUGACAGCAACACUGACAGUAACACUGACAGCAACACUGACAGCAAAACUGACAGUAACACUGACAGUAACACUGAUAGUAACGCUGACAGUAACACUGACAGUAACACUGACAGCAACACUGACAGCAAAACUGACAGUAACACUAACAGUAACACUGACAGUAACACUAACAGUAACACUGACAGUAACACUGACAGCAACACUGACGGCAACACUGACAGCAACACUGACUGCAAAACUGACGGUAACACUGACAGUAACACUAGCAGUAACACUGACGGCAACACUGACAGCAAAACUGACAGUAACAUUAACAGUAACACUGACAGUAACACUGACAGUAACACUGACUGCAAAACUGACAGUCACACUGACAGUGACACUGACAGUAACACUGACAGUAACACUAACAGUAACACUGACAGUAACACUGACAGUAACACUGACAGCAAAACUGACAGUAACACUAACAGUAACACUGACAGUAACACUGACAGCAACACUGACUGCAAAACUGACAGUCACACUGACAGUGACACUGACAGUAACACUGACAGUAACACUGAGAGCAACAGUGACAGUAACACUGACAGCAACACUGACAGUAACACUGACAGCAACACUAACAGUAACACUGACAGCAACACUGACAGCAACACUGACAGUACCACUAACAGUAACACUGACAGUAACACUAACAGCAACACUGACAGUAACACUUACAGUAACACUUACAGUAACACUGACAGCAACAGUGAUAGUAACACUGACAGUACCACUGACAGUAACACUGACAGUAACACUGACAGUAACACUGACAGCAACACUGACAGUAACACUGACAGCAACACUGACAGCAAAACUGACAGCAACACUGACAGUAACACUGACAGCAACACUGACAGUAACACUGACAGCAACACUGAUAGCAAAACUGACAGUAACACUGACAGUAAUACUGAUAGUAACGCUGACAGCAACACUGACAGCAAAACUGACAGUAACACUAACAGUAACACUGACAGCAACACUGACAGCAAAACUGACAGUAACACUAACAGUAACACUAACAGUAACACUAACAGUAACACUGACAGUAACACUAACAGCAACACUGACAGCAACACUGACAGUAACACUUACAGUAACACUGACAGCAACAGUGAUAGUAACACUGACAGCAACAGUGAUAGUAACACUGACAGCAACACUGACAGCAAAACUGACAGUAACACUGAUAGCAACAGUGACAGUAACACUGAGAGCAAAACUGACAGUAACACUAACAGUAACACUGACAGCAAAACUGACAGUAACACAGACACGUGA